AUGACUACGAAUUCGUCAGAAAUCGACUGGUCGAAAAUGCCUUUCCCACUGGCAACAAAUUUAUUCGAGAAAUACACACAUCAAGCAUGCCCUCCUCCUAUUCAAUCUUUAGGUAUUGAUGAGGCACUCUGGUCACAAUGUCGUUCAUUGGCAUUAAAUCUUCGUAAACAGGGUUGUAUCGAUCCAAUAUCAAUCUUAUACACAUCAUUCAAACGUUACUAUUCACCAACUAUAAGCUUACAUUACUUUACACGAUGGUUAGUCUUAAAUGAUGAGAAUAAACGAGAUUUUCCAGUCAAUUCCUUACAAUAUUCGACAUAUCAAUCAGCGACUCAGCUAUGUAAAUUGUCACCUACAACGAAACCAUUGGAAUUUAACCAGUCACUAGACAAUAUCGAACAAGUCUGGUUUCUUAUUUCAAUUUCCAUGCUCGUGCCGAUGAGUGGCUCAACAUUAAUCCCAGACGUUUCAACAUUGGACAACGAUGUCACACGUAUGUCUUUCAAUACCAAGAGAACGUCAGCAUCUCGUUUGCACUGCAUUUUCGCUAUGACACCCAGUGGAAAGUACUCGAAUCAAAUGAUUAUUUAUAAGCCAGGACGGCACAUGAAAGUCAAUACAGCAUCAUCACCAUGUACACGAAUUAUUGAAUCAAAUAAUGGAGAUUUAACAUGUGAACAUAUUCAACAAUGGUUGGACGAAUUUCUUUCUUCAUCACAACUAACCAAGAAUAGUGCAUUGGUCAUCGAUCCACGUACAACUCUUAUCACAUUAGACUUUCAACGAGCAUGUGAAAAUGCCAGUGUGCAAUUGAUAACAACUGAUGUCGAUGUAUACAAUACAUAUGUCUUAGUACCAGUUUUUACAAUAUUCGAUAAACAAUGGUCGAGAGCGAAUCGAAUCAAUAAAAUGUUCUUGAGAUCAGCUGCAAAUUUGCAAUGUAUCGUCUAUCUCUUGUGGUUCACACUUCGAACACUCAAACAGGACGAUCAGUUAUGUAGUAAAGCAAAAUUAUCGCCAGUAACAACAUCAACAGCAAACAACAUGAUGUCUGAUCCACCUGUGGAUUGUAAACCAGAAGAAAUCCUCUCCUACAUCAUCAAUCGACGUAUCUCCAUAUCACGUGCAAGCAAACAUCUUGGUGGAAUGAAAUUAGAUUACUUCAAAUAUUGUUUGUCAUACAAAAUGGAUUCCUCGUGCAUAACUGGUGCUCAUCUCGUGCAACUGAAUACGUUUAUGCAAUCGAAAUCGACUAUCGAUUGGCUACGUCAUUUGAAAUCGUUAUAUUUUUGGCCGUGCACUAAACAACUGUUCCUUCGAGAGAUUUACCAACUAACUGGUAUAUUUACACGUAAGCGUUCGAUGAAUAUCUGUGGAACCAACAACAUGGGUUCGAUCCGAAGUUGUGAUCAGCAAUCGCCGGGAAUUUUCUGGCGAGCUUUCGAAGAUAUCCAUCGAAUUCAAUUGGACAACGAAUCAGUUGUUGAUGAUAAACAAUGGCAUGAAGAUUUCGAACAAUACUUAUUCAAUAAAAAUAUCAAUUGCGAAAAAGCCCAAUUGUGGACAAUUGAUACAUUCGAAUUUUCUCUAACCAAAAAAUCGACUAUUUUACAAUUACCGGAGUGGAAUGAAUUACGUCCAAUGAAUCUAACACCUAAAGUGUCGGUUAUUUAUGCCUUUUCUAAUGAUGGACAAUCAACUGAUCCAUUCUUCAUCUUUCCAAAUUCACUUCGUGACGAAACUAUCACUGAUGAACGAAAUGCUUACAACGAAUUAGGUCAUUUAACACCUCAAAUCUUUCAAAUUUGGAUUGAAAAGUGUUUCCUUAGUCAAUCACCGAAUUCAACGAAAGUUCUCAUAUUUUGUUCACGGUUACCCAUACUUUCAUCAAAAACCUUGGCACUUCUCGAACAGAAUCAUACCUUUCCAUUCGGAUAUCCAUUUACACGUACAUUACCAUUUCGUUAUCUGUUUGAACGUCGUGUACGUAACAAUCGUUCGACUAAUUUAAUCAGUGAACUGUGGAAAAAGAAAUUAUUAGAUGAACAACGUACACAUGUAUUAAAAGGUUCAAAUUGUACAGUUAAGAAUAUCAAAGAUAUUUUCGAACAGAUCUGGCCUGUAUUAAUCAAUGAAAAGCGUGAUGAUGACGAUGAAAAUAAAACAUUCCAGGAGAAAUGUUUACAAGCAUUCCAACAGGCAAACAUUCAAUUGGUUAUCAAUCGAAAAGAACAAUUGAUGACGAAGAGACUCGAAAUGAAUAAGAAGAAAAUUCACGAAUGGCACAUGAAAUCGGACGAAUAUGUUCAACAAUUGAAUGAUUUACUGAAUGAAAUUAAUCGGAUGAAAGAACAUGUCAAUUCAACCCAAAUUCUCAAAAUCAAAAAUAAUGAUGCAUCGAUAGCGGAUGAAAUGAUUGAAACCAACGAAUUAACGUCCACUGAACAAAUGCAAGUUGCGGAUGAUGCUGAAACUACAAAUACGAAUGCAAUUGUUCAACUAGCAACUGAUAAACGACCGAGUGAUGAAAAUGACGAGCCGCGUGCAUCGAAACGCCUUCGCUCAUCGUGUUUACACUCAAAUACUCUAUCACCUACAACGAUACAUUCUCUUCAAUGGACUCCACCCUCCAAACAAUCCUUACUACUGAUGCAAUCUCAGUCCUUAUCAUUAUUUCAAUUUGCUCUCUCACUUGUACAAACAAUCGUAACUUCAUCCGAACAUUAUCUUACAGAUGAACAUCAUCAAUGGCUUCUCGCGACAAUUAAACAAUAUGAUAGUAGCUGCAAUGAUGAUAGAUUGGAAUUUAUCAUUCAAAUAGCUUAUUUAGUCUUCUUGCAAAUUUUUAGUCUUUUUUAA